AAGCUGCUGCCUGGACAGUUUCUCGCCAUCUUUCGAGUUUGUGCUUUUAUAUUCUCAUGUCCAGUGAUGAUGGUGAGGAAACCAUUCCCACUUUCUAAAAAAUCCAUUGUUUCUGAGGGAAAGAGCGCACUUAUAGCCUUAAAACCAACGUAAAAAAACUGCCAUUUCUAGGCAAAGGGAGUGGUUUAAUCAAACCCACUAAUUAUUCCCAUGCACUUCUCUCUUUUAAGAUCACCAACCAUCCUCUCCUCAAUCCCACCAGCUUUAUCUCUCUCCCUCCUCACUUUCAGUGUCCUUUCUGCAACUUCAUGGCGAUUUUCCAGGUCUGAUGAGGGAAUGACUGAUAUAGAGGGAUUUAAACUUUAAAGAGCCCCAAAAGUGUAGAAAAAGAUAGCCCAUUAAGGAAAAAAAGGGGGAGCAAGAGAAACAGAGCAACAGUGUCCCUUUUCAUUCACCGUUCAUCAGUUCUUUUAUUUUCAUGUGAUGGUAAUGUUUGUGUGGUUUGGGUUCUGUAAUUUGGUCUUGUCCGCUUCUACAGCUUCGUAUUUGAUAAGCCUUUUUUAUUUGUGAUCAGCUGUUGAUUAUAAAUCCACUGGUAUUUACAUGUUUGCGUUUUAGUUGAAAUACCUCCAGUACUGAAUUAUAUAGGACAUCUUAAGAGCAGAACCCGAAGAAAGAAAAAGGGCAAAACAAAAAUACAAAACCUUGUUCUGUUAGAUUGUUAUAGGUUGUGUCUGGCGCAUGCACGUCUGGUCUCUUUUUUUUUUUUUUUUUGGCAACCACGUCUGGUCUCUUGAUCAUGACUGGUGAGUCUCUUUGCAUGUCGGUUCUGUGAGCCCAGUGAUUCUUGUUGAGGAUUUGAGGGAGAAAGGGCGAGAAAGACGGGGAUAAAGUGUGUCCUUUGGUUUUUCAUUUUCCUAUUUCCUUUGGUUUUUCGCCUGUGCUUAUAUAGGAAUGGAGCUCACAAAGCUAUAGCCAAGAGGGAGAGAGAUAGAGAUAGAACAUCAGGGUUACAUUCUUUCUCAUUUCUGGUUUUAAUAUUGACUGUACUGGCACCACUCUUUUGCCUUUCUUUUCCUAAUUUAAACCUUUCACCAAGUCACGAGCUCAAGAAUUUCUGCCAUAUUUUGGAGCGCAGGUUUUGUUUUGAUUUUGAACCCCGGAGAACAGUAUUCUAGAGAUGCUAAGAAAUCCGGAGUAAAAAGCACUUCAGCAACCUCUAAUGGCGGACUAUAGCACAAUUCUGUCUCCAACAGACAAACAUAGAAAAUCUAGUUCUUUUCCAAGGUUGUUCACGGGCUUGACCUUCAAGAAUUUAUCUGAAACAGCUGAGGCAGUCAUGAGCCCAACUUCAAUUCUCGAUAGCAAAUCUUUCUCAGGGCUCAUGAAAAACCCCUUCUUGCCUGACCUCCCCACCCCUAAAACCCCAGAUUCAGAGACCAAGCGCACCUGGGACAAGCUGGACUCCAGAGGCCUUGGCCUUGUUGAUGCUCUUAAUGAUGAUAAAUUUGACACCAAUUUGCCAAAAUCCGAAAGCAGAAUGAUUAUAUUCGGAUCGCAGCUAAAGAUUCAAGUUCCCCAUUUGCCGCCUCCAUUUCAUUCAUCGCCAGCUGAAUCUCCCAAAUCUCCUGCUGAUUUCGGCAUAAAAACAAGAAAUUCUCAAUUGGGUUCUUUCUCUUCUGGGCUAUCUCAUUCUCCAGCUAAGAAAUCAGCAUGCGGUUCAACCAAUUGGGGUAUGGACACUCCGAAUUCACCACGGUUUUUUACCGGUUGUCUGUCUACAAGCGAGAUGGAGCUUUCUGAGGAAUACACUUGUGUGAUCUCAUAUGGGCCUAACCCAAGAACUACUCAUAUAUUUGAUGAUUGCAUUGUUGAGAGCUGCUGUGGUAUUGUUGGCUCUGAUUUGAGGCCAGAGUCUACUGGGUUGUCGGCCGAUGGAUCAAUUCAUUCACCAGAGAAUUUCUUAAGUUUCUGCUAUGCUUGCAAGAAGCAUCUUGUGCAGGGAAAAAACAUUUACAUGUACAGAGGUGAAAAAGCAUUUUGCAGCCGAGAAUGUCGGUAUCAUGUGAUGCUACUAGAGGAGGGAAUAGAUAAGCUGGAUGUCUGUGGCACUUGUUCAUGAAAGCUCUUAGCUCUAGCUGUUCAUACUUUCCUCAAGUGGCCACCCCAAGAACAAAACCAACUAUUUCCAUAAGAGAAACUUCAUACUUGCAAGAAUAUUAUGAUCAUCCAAUUUUUACAUCAAAUGAAGAAAGCCCAGAUGAUUAUUAUAUUAUCAUUAAUGUUAAGCAUAAUCAAAGGAUGGUUCUUGAAUCUGUUUGUAGUAUUUUUUUUUUCUUUCUAUUUCUAUUUUCUCCUUUGGUUUUGUAGAAUUUGACGGACUGGAAAGGCUAAAAGCCUGAAUCUAUCUGCAGAGUUGGAUUUUUGUAAAAUUUUAAUUGAUAAUUAAGUGAUUGCUGUUGGGGUUGUCAACAGUUUUUGGUUUCAAAA